CAGACGGGCAUCUGCCACAGCUCCCUUUUAGGCGGCCUUUCGCACGCUUGAAGCCAUGGGCAACACAGCCACCAAGUUCCGCAAGGCCCUGGUGGGUGGCGACGAGGCCCUGGCCUGGCAGCUGUAUGAGGGAAACCCUCAGUUCAGGGAUGGCCUGGACCCAAACGCAUCCUAUGGAGAGCAGUACCAGCACAACACGGCCCUGCACUACGUCUGCCGCCACGCCAUGACACGUCUGCUCAGGUCGUUCCUGUUCAGCAAAGAGGGGAACCCCAACAAGCGUAACGUGCACAAUGAGACGUGCCUCCAUGUGUUGUGCCAAGGGCCGCAGAUCCUACUGCUGCCAGAGGGAGCGCUGUCACCACGACUGGCCCGGCCACAGAGGGACGAGCAGCGCCGUGCAGACUGCUUGCAGAUGAUCCUCAGCUGGACCGGAGCCAGGCUGGAGGGAGGCCAGUACGAGAAAGCCAACGUCAAUGCCACGGACAACCACCACAGCACCUGUCUGCACUACGCUGCUGCUGCAGGCAUGAAGAGCUGUGUGGAGCUGCUAAUCCAGAGUGAGGCAGACCUUUUUGUGGAGGACGAGGACAAGCUGACGCCGUGUGACCACGCCGAGCGGCAUCACCACACUGAGCUGGCCCUCAGCCUGGAGUCGCAGAUGGUUUUUUCCUCCUCUACAUCUCAGCAGUCAAACACAGACGCACAUGGUGAAACCAACCUGCUGCAAUUCAAGGAGCCUUACGAGGGACUCAAGCUUCAGGACCUGCGCCGGCUGAAGGACAUGCUUAUCGUGGAAACGGCAGACAUGCUGCAAGCCCCCCUCUUCACCGCCGAGGCCCUGCUCCGAGCACAUGACUGGGACAGAGAAAAGCUUCUGGAGGCCUGGAUGUCCGACGCCGAGGGCUGCUGUCAGCGCUCUGGUGUGGCCAUGCCCACCCCCCCGCCAAGCGGCUACAACGCCUGGGACACCCUGCCCUCCCCCCGCACCCCGAGGACCCCGCGCUCGCCCCUCACGCUCACCUUGACUUCUCCCACCGACAGCUGCCUCACACCUGGGGAGGAAGGCCUGGCUACGUGUGGAAUCUGUCUCUGCUCUAUCUCAGUCUUUGAGGACCCAGUGGACAUGUCCUGUGGACAUGAGUUCUGCAGAGCCUGCUGGGAGGGGUUCCUUAACGUGAAGAUUCAGGAGGGUGAUGCCCACAAUAUUUUCUGCCCGGCAUACGAGUGUUACCAGUUGGUGCCCGUGCAUGUGAUAGAGAGUGUGGUUUCCAGAGAGAUGGACCAGCGGUACCUACAGUUCGACAUCAAGGCAUUUGUGGAGAACAAUCCUGCCAUCCGCUGGUGUCCUGCAGCGCGUUGUGAGCGAGCAGUGCGGCUCACCCGGCCGGGCCCCGGGGACAGUGACCCUCACAGCUUCCCCCUACUUCCCUCCCCAGCUGUCGAUUGUGGCAAGGGUCACCUCUUCUGCUGGGAGUGCCUUGGCGAAGCCCACGAGCCAUGUGACUGUCACAUGUGGAGGAACUGGCUCCAGAAAGUCACAGAGAUGAAGCCCGAGGAGUUGGCAGGUGUGAGCGAGGCCUAUGAGGAUGCUGCAAACUGUCUGUGGUUGUUGACCAACUCCAAACCGUGUGCCAACUGCAAGUCGCCCAUUCAGAAGAAUGAGGGCUGCAAUCAUAUGCAGUGUGCCAAGUGUAAGUAUGAUUUCUGUUGGAUCUGUCUGGAGGAGUGGAAGAAGCACAGCUCGUCAACAGGAGGCUACUAUCGCUGCACUCGCUAUGAAGUCAUCCAACAGCUAGAGGAGCAGUCCAAGGAGAUGACUGUAGAGGCAGAAAAGAAGCACAAAAGUUUUCAGGAGCUGGAUCGUUUCAUGCACUAUUACAGUCGCUUCAAGAACCAUGAACACAGUUAUAAGUUGGAGCAGAAGCUGCUGAAAACGGCUAAAGAGAAGAUGGAGCAGCUGAGCAGAGCCUUCAUUUGCCGUGAAGGAACUCCUCCAGACACGCGGUUCAUCGAGGACGGCGUGUGCGAGCUGCUGAAGACGCGGCGCGUGCUGAAGUGCUCUUACCCAUACGGCUUCUUCCUGCAGCCGGGCAGCACCCAGAAAGAGAUAUUUGAGCUCAUGCAGACCGAUCUGGAGAUGGUGGUGGAGGAUCUGGCGCAGAAGGUGAACCGGCCGUACCUGAGGACACCGUGCCACAAGAUAAUCAGUGCAGCCCGGCUGGUCCAGCAGAAGAGGCAGGAGUUCCUGGCAUCUGUGGCCCGUGGCGUUGCCCCUAACGACUCUCCUGAGCUGCCACGCAGGAACUACCCUGGAGGAUCAUGGGACUGGGAGUAUCUGGGCUUUGCCUCUCCUGAGAUGGGGAGUCGUCACUCGGUGCUGGGUGCGGAUCCAAGAGAGAGACAGUCGCAGGAUUAUGCUGACAUUCAGUACCGUCGUAGACACCGGCCGCGGCGCAGAGGAGACAUGCUGAGUCUGCACAACCUCAGAAGCAACAGUAACACACCAGAGACCAGCAGGAGAAGUGACAACACAGAAGCUCCUGAGAGGAGCGAGGGGCGUCGGAGAGUGCUGGGCUCGCUGGAUGAAGACGACCCCAACAUCCUCCUGGCCAUCCAGCUGUCGCUGCAGGACUCCCGCAGAGAGCGCGGCCUGGAGGGAGCGCUGGACGGGCGGCCGGAGCUGGAGCGCGCCCUGGACAGAGUUCAGGAGAGGAGGUCGGGUCCAGUGGGAGACCUGGGAGAGGUUGCCUUGCACUCCCUCAACACCGAUGGUCUUAUAGGAGCCAGACGCUCGUCCUACCCUGCCUCUCUCCUUGACCCUCCUCGGCCGCCACACAGGACAGACUCCACCUCCAAGGCUCCCACGGCCAUCCCCCUCCCGCCUCCGCCUCCCUCUCUCUGCGCAGAGCUGCUGGAGUUGGGAGACAGCCUUAUGAAACUGGGGAACAUAACCACUCCUUACGACUUAAACACACACACGCAGGAACAGCUCUGCUCGCACCACACAUACAACCACGGCGCUCUCACUGCUCCUUAUGCCGCUGAACCUGCUUACAGCGACUGCAGCCAUAGACAAGACCAUAUCACCAUCACAAAUCCCCGCUAUGACGGCAAAGAUCAGAGUUACUGCCACUCCAGUGCUUAUUUGGCGGACACUGAACACACUGCCUCCUGUGCACGAGAUCGCACCCAAAACCCCACACACACCCCCGCCCUCCCUUGUGCAUACAACCGGGAACACGCAGCCACCUACGACAGCACCCCCAAACCAGACAGCUCUUACAACCCCUGCCCGGAACACAGUAGCUCUUACACUCAGGAGCGGCCCGCUGCCUACGCUCUUGAGCGUCCAUCCAAAACAGACCCCCAGGACCCUGUCCAGUUGUGCCUCCCGUCUCCAGAGCUUGAGCCGGAGCUGCUGCUUUCACCGGUGAUCCCCCCGGGGGGGGCUUUCACCCCCAGCGACCCACAGAGUCUGGAGGCCCUGGACCCCACAGCCAGUGCCCAGCUGCUGGACAACAUCAUGGCCUGGUUCAACAACAACAUCAACCCGCAGAACAACCCCCAGAGCCUGGCCCUCAUCCCCUCCCCGCCCACCACAGAGACCGAGUCCUCCCCUGACACACACACCGAGACUGAGAGCCAGACCUCCAGGGGCGUGACCCCCGCCCCCAUCUGGCAGCCCCUGGAGGGCGAGCCAGAAGCGGACGGAGAGUCGGCGAGUCCCUAUUUAGGUGAUGUCGGGGCGGAGGCCCAGAAGGCAUUGAGGCCCAGCACUCUAGAGCUGGAACACAGAGAGGCUGGGAUGGAGGGUGUGCAGGAAGGGUGUGUGGCGGACCUGUCGCUGGACGAAGCGCGCACACACCCGUGCUCACACUCCCAACGCGGAACCAGCCCGGCACACACUGCCCCGGCCACAGAGACAGACUUAGAGCUCGGUCUUCAGCUGGAGGUGGACCAAUCACCUGAGGAGUGGGAGGAGCAAGUGCACCUGGUGUGACGGAGUAGACAGAAAGUUGAAUUCAAUCGAGGAAGAUAGAGAUGAGAGAGUGAUGAAACGGAAAGAGGAAAGAAAAUCAUCACAGAGAGCGAAGCACUGAUGGAAAAACACAUUGGUCAGAGAGGCCUCACUGAAAGAUGUUGGUCUUAGCAGGUCGAGUGUUUACUGUAUGUAAGAUACUGUAUCUAGAGAGGAUAUGGCGCCCUGCAGACUGUCCAGCAAAGAAGAUGUCAUACGCAGUUUGAUUUAUAAUUAAUUAUUAUAAUUAUUUUUAAGUGCUUUUGUCUGUUUUGAAAACAGACAAACUAUGCUUUGAAACCGAGUGUUUAAAACCGACUACGUCAAUGGAGAGCUAUUGAUAUCACACAUGAGACAUAAAAUGCUGCACGUGUUUUUUUUAAAUUUUCUUAUUUUUUAUUUAUUCCCCACCAACUGUAUUUGUCUCCUCAGUUUGUUAAGGGUGAAGUCUUGGUGCUGCUGAAAAUCCAAACUUGCCUUGUUAACACUCACACUUCAUUCACAAACACAAACACACACACACACACACACACACACACUCACACACUGACACACUGACCCGAACCACAGGCUUUUUCAGAGCCCCAAGAGCCAAAACACAAUGAUACCUGUAACCUUGGAGCUCGUUAGCGUACUGUACAAUCAGAGGGGCCUAAUUCAGAGUUUUGGACCUUCACGCACACUGUGCCUGCUUCACGAGAGCCAACACACUACUGAUCUCUGCUGUUCGGGAGGCCGCGCAAGAACCACGAUACGCCCGUCUGCUCGGUGAACUUCACUCUGGUGCGACAGGCUUUAUCUGUAUGUUGUGAUGGUAUCAAUUCUUUUGUAAAACUCGAGAUGAUCACAGAGGUUGAAUUGUCUUGUCCCUCAACUGUCGCUCUGAUCUUCAGAGUAGCCGUAGGAAUUCGUUGUCUUGCUCAAAAGAAACCGCAGCAUCAUGGGUGCUUGUUUCCAGGGGGGGUUAAUCGCCUUUAUUUUUCCUGCUCGGUGCAACAUCCUGCUUCUCAUUCCACAAACUUCUGUGUUUAUCAGAGAGGAGCUUUCAUCCAUGUUAAUAUUUCAGUAUUUUAGCUGCUUUGGCUCAGUUUUCAAACGACAAAAUGCUUUAUGGGUACACGAUGAAAAGAUUCUCAUCAGUGUUGCAUUUUAAAAUAUAACUAUCCUCACUGAUUUUGGAACUAUUAACUUUCUUAAAUGUCAAUAAUUACAUAAAAAAAAUGGAUCUAUUAAACAAUUCUGUUUCAAUGUUAAUACAUAUGAAGAAGUCUGGAGUCAGACUUAACACAACAGUUAGCUGCAUUCGUAUAAUUUGUUUAAUUUACCACAGAAUGUUUCCAAACUCCUCCAUAUUCCUGGGAAGCGUCACAUUAACCCACAAUGUGUUCAAGGUUGGAAUGUAUGAGUUUGUUUUCACAUUGAAUCUGAGCUUAAGCUGCUAAAAUGCUGUAAAUAACAAUACUUCAAGUGUUUCUAACUGCAGACGUUUGCUGUCUCUCUCAUAUCUUUCCCACUACUGACGGCCAGUAGAGUGCUGUUGUGAGUUGGCAGAUCUGUUGGGAUUUUACUGUAAUUUAUCCAUUUUUAUUCCUUAUAACGGAGAUGAAAUCUCUUCCAGUUGAGACCAGUCGUUGGGUCCGUGUGCCUUUUCGGUUGUUAAUCGUAUUUGUUUUAUUUGUCUGUAUUUAUUCGUGUCAUUACCUUUUGAAAGGAGUUGCUAAUGAACGUAAAUGGAGGACACACCACUCUGGCUGUUGCCACAACUACACUGAGGUUCUUGAUGCACAUUAGUAUUGUUUGUCCUUUGCGCCCUGAUUUAUCUGACUCCACUUCAUCCCCAGAGAGAACAGGUUCAUGUUUCCACCAAUUUAUUUAUUCAGAAAUGUUUUUGAGGCUCUAUUAAUGAAUUCAUUGCUUAAUUAUUCACCUAUUUGAGUUUCCACGAUAAUUAACAACCACUUUAUCUGAAUGUUGCUAGUCGCCCUCUGAAUACUUCUUCAAACGUGAUGUAGGACUCUGACUCCUGGCUCAGACGUUAUCUCUAAACAUUAACGCCCCACAUUGACGUUUACAAGAUAAUUGAACACUGCAUUUUGUGUUGAGAUAUGAUAUGGUGCUUUGGGGACUGGGAUGGUAAUAUUAAUGGAGUGUUUUGAAUUAUAAUCUGGUGGCAUGAAAAAAAAAAUCAAAUCCUGUACAAGAGGAAAGAAAUCUGACUUUUGUUGAAAUUCCUCACUCUACGUUUCCCAGACAGACGUGACAUGCAAUCAUGGAUGCAUCACUUAUGUGCUUGAGGCUUGUUUUAAAGUGAAAUCCUCCACAGAAAAGAAUGUUCUCUGCUCUGUGUGGAACAUUAAGGCGUGAAGGUGCUGGAAUAGGGCGUAGGUUCUGAUGGAGACGUUUCAGACUCUUUUCACUGCUCGAUCAACGGGACUGAUUCUGGGUUGCAUGGUGCUACGGAGGGAGCACAGAGUCUGGGUUCUUUUUAAUUUGCACACGCAUGCUGUUGAUGCAUUGCACUAAUCCAGUGCUGACAGGCAAGAUGUGGAGAACUGAUGAGUGAUGCUUUUAUUAUUAUUAUAUUGUUUUUUUGUUUUCCUUAUUAGAGUUGGAUUCAUGGCAUCAGGGGAAUGGUCCUUUGCCAUUUUGUAAUCCAUAUAUAAUUUGUAUAUUUUAAUGGUCCAUCAAUGAACAACAUCAGACUUCAACAAUGAAAUAAAAAAUGAAAUUUGCACUCAUUGAUAAUACUUGAUACAUUCCCAGUCGGUCCAUGAGAGCGGUUUGAUGUGUGGCCAAAAACUGUAAAUGAAAGUGUCAGUGCAAAGUUAACUCUCAAUAAAAAAGAACUGAAAGCGUG